UUUCCCAACGUGUACAUCCACCGCAAGGUAGCAGACACAGCAGCAAAAUCCUGCGCAAUAUGCUUCAAGCUUAGCACAAGUGUACUCAUAACCGAGGGAAAACAGGACUUCUUUUACGUGUGCACUUCACAUCUCAAGGAUCACGGGUUUUGCACCCCCAUUGUCGAUCAAGCCGCCAUCGAGGCGAAGAAGAAAAAGGAGCUUGAAGAAGAAGUCGAGAGGGUGAAGAAGGAGUACGAAGAGAAGCAGCGUAAGAAGAAGGAGAAGGACGAGGCCGACAAGUCCAAGGGCAAGGAAGAGGACAAGAAGACAGAAGAAAAGAAACCGGAGGACGGAGGCAGUGAGAAGAAAGACUCAGCCCCCAACGGAAAGGAGCAGGAGCAGGCGAAACCGGAAGAAGAGCCGCGUGUCUUUCAACUUCACAGAUCCUUCUAUCAGAAUCGGCUGUCAAUGAAGCGACAGGCUGAGGCGGAUAAGCGAAACCGCGAGCGAUUCUCCAAUCCGUCCUUCUUCCCUUCUGUGCCGAAGGGGCUGCCUUGACCCACAACAGAUGGUCAUAUCGAAAAGCAGUCAGCACACCAUAAAAGUAGGGGGUGAACAGGUCGCCGACAUCGGCUUCCUGGCUGAUCACCAACGAAACAUCAAAAUCAUUUCACUGCAGCUCUGGCGACGCGUCGCUUGACCUCCCCAAAGGGCUGGCUCCGUCGCGUGAAGGUCAUGUCAUGUGGGCUUUAGUGUAGUAAGCAGAUUGCUUGACGGUGAACGUAUCGAUUAGGUGUGAUGACUCGGUACGCUGGGUCGAAUUACGAGGCGAUGCCGUCGUUGGGGGCUCACGUCUUGUAUCAGUCGAGUCCCGUGUACUUGGAGAGCGGAAAGCAAAGAGUAUUUCGAAUGUACCAGUGUACAAAAACUCAGUUUUGGCCCCCUCCCCUAGCCUUCUGGCCGUGUAGGGGUGGGCUAGGUUUCCCCGCCUUUUCACUACGGGAUGAGAUCUGGCACUUUGUGAUCGGGAGGAUUGCGGCUUGUAGGAUUCCCGCUGACGAGGAGGCUCGCCUUUUUAUUUUACUUUGAAAGUGACGUGGAUUUGGCGGGAAUGUGGGUAGUGUGCAGAAAAGUCCCCUUCCAUAAGUACAUCAAGUAUGAGCCUGGUGUCGGAAGAAUUUCAAGGUCAGCGUACGGCAACGGUCAUCUUGACCUUGG